AUGGAUGUCCAUAAAUAUGUUGGAGAUGUGGUUGUCAGGACUGGUGAUGCAGACUUGUAUGUUUCACAAGUGUACCCCACACCAACAUAUGAACCAGACACAUAUUGCUUGCAGUCAUCAACAUGUGGAUUAGAUGUCAUUCAUAUACCUAAAAGCUUCCGCCGACCACUUGGAAUUGGUGUGUACGGACAUCCAUCUCAUGAGACGAGUACAUACCUCUUGGAAGUAGUCUUCCGUUAUGACGAUGUUUUAUAUGACGAUGAUAGUGAAGAAGUAUUUGAAAUUCCAUUUGAUAAUACGUAUGGAGUACCUGCUCAUGACAAAGUGAGAAAUGAUGCUCAAGAAGAAGAAGAUUCCUUCAUAUGGGCUUUAAUUUGGUCAUUUAUUGAUAUUCUGUUAGAAGUGUUAUUUCUUUAAUUACUUAAAUUAAUACUGAGUGUAUCCAUUGUCUUUUCAUCAUUGAAAAUAUUAGUUCUUAGUCAUGAGCCAAGAACAGGCUUAUUUCAACGUAAUACCAACAUUUCUACAUUGUAAGACUGAUUUUAUACGUGAUGUGAACAGUUCCUUUCAAAAAUUAAAUGAGUUACAUUUUAGAUUGAGUUUUAGUGUUAUGAAAUGUGUGGUGUUCAUCCUGUAAAUUCAUAAGGAAUAUGCAUUUUGGAAUUAUAUAUGUGUGUGAAAAUACUGACAGCGAAAUUAUAGUGAUAUGAUGCUGUUAACCUAACGUUUGCUCAUUCUAUAAUAAAAAUUUGUUCCGAAA